AUGGAUUUUGAAAAUACAUCUUGGAUUUCACAACCAAAUUCAUGCAGGUGUUGUUUAUCCACUAAUGGUGUAUUGGAUCUAACUGAAAUGUAUAUAAGUGAUGCUGGACUGAAGGAAAAUUAUACCAGUAUUCUUCAUGAUUGUUUAGGUAUUACUCUGUCACAUAUAAACUCUUUGGGUGCCAGCAAGUACAUAUGUAAAUUAUGUGCAAAUCAAUUGGAAGAAAUUUCAAAAUUUCAUAAACAAGUGGUAAAAGCGGAAAAAUGCUAUAAACAUUAUUUGUAUCAUAGUAAAGAUGACGAAAAUAAAUCCCUAAAUAUAAAAGAAGACAGUAUAAACCAAGACAAAAUAUUUGAAGAACAUGAUUAUGAUUCCGACACACCUAUUGCAAAUUUGAAAAUUUUAACAAAUGAAGAUGAAUAUCAUAACACUGCGAGUAUAGACAAGAUAAAUGAAAAUGGAAAUAGAUUUACGAUUUGUGAUGAACAAAAAGAAAAUAAAGUUAUAUUCGGCUGUGUGGAAACUGAAAAGAACUCUAAAGGCUUACAAAUAGAAAAGUCAAAAAGUCAAAAACAAAUAUCUGAACGAAAACGAUUAAUAUUAACAUGUGGCACGAUACUCAAAGAAACAACAGCUUGCCCUUUUCGACACCACAAAAGCUGGUUUCAAUGCUUUUUUUGCUCUCAAGACUUUAUGGAAAUAGGGACAUUAAGGGAUCAUAAUUUACAAUUUCACACGAAUAUUGAUGAAGAAUUGAAAAAAAUAAAACGAUAUCCACGUUCAUUACAAAUUGAUAUAUCUAUAUUGGAAUGCCGGAGCUGCCAUCUGAAUCUGUCCGAUGUGGAUACGAUGAAAUGCCAUUUUUCUGAGAAACAUAACAAAGUAAUAUAUAAAGAAUGCAUAGCAGAUUAUAAAGUUGAUUCUAGUCCGUAUACAUGCCAUUUGUGUAAGAUGGAGUUUCAUGUUUUUAGAACUUUAACUACACAUCUAAAUGAGCAUUAUGCAAAUUGUAUAUGUGACGUGUGUGGGAAGUCUUUUCUCAAUACAAAACGUUUGAAAGUACACAAACGUACCCAUGAAAAUGGCAGCUAUCCAUGUACAGAAUGCGGAAAGAUACUGAAAACCAAAACAUCUAAAGCGAAUCACAUGGAAAGUGUUCAUUCGAAGAGAAUUAUCAAGUGCCAGAUAUGUUUUAAACCAAUGAAACAUUAUAAUGAUAGGAUAAAGCAUAUGUCUGAUGUACAUAAUAUUACACACAAGUUCAAAUGUCCAAUAUGCAAUCGGGAAUAUAAUAUAAAACAUUAUUUGGCGACUCACAUUCGUCAAACUCAUGGACUUAAAAAUAAAAAAUGCAUGGAAUGCGGUAUGGCAUUCAUAACUAAUCACGGCUUAAAAAAACAUAUGUUGAGGCAUACAGGGGAACGGCCAUUUUCUUGUAGUAUUUGUUGUAAAUCAUACGCAAGAAGUUAUACGUUGAGAGAACAUAUAAGGGUACAUGAAAAUGACAAACGUCUUGCAACUACACCG